UAUUACUUAAAUAGUUAGGAAAAAAAAUAAACUAUUUAAAAAUAUAUAUAUCAAUAGGCCGAUAUGAAACGUUUAGUUUCGUAUUUGUAAGGUGUUUGGGAGUUUCUGUGUGAAAUUUAGUCGUUUUAUUGAGAAAGUCUUGGUAGUUUUCGGCGAUGUCGGGUUUGGACGUGGUCUGCGAGCGAAUUCACUUCAGACACGACCCGAAGUGGACGGCUCGGCUCGGCUCGCCCGACAGCGGCCAGCUGCUCUGCACAGCCUGCGUGGUGGAGAUGAUGGAGGACAGCGCGAUAUCGGUGGUUCGGAAGAAGCACGCCCUCUGCUGUUUCAAGAGCGUCAUGACGCGCUUCCCGGCCGAGGUGGCGGAGCUGCUGUUGCAAGACAGCCGUGUUUGCGUGCAUUUCAUCGGGACGCUGCUGGCAAUGCUGCACAGCUCCGAAGAAGCCUCCGUGCUCGAGGAAGUCAUCCAAGGUACAGAGAUAGAGACCGUCCCGCUCCCCCAGUCACGCUGUGUGAGAGAGGAGAGCCCCAGCCUCUGUUUUAUACAAUGUGGAGUAGCGGUCAGGGCUCUGGACUCUUGACCGGAGGGUCGUGGGUUCAAUCCCAGGUGGGGGAGACACUGCUGCUGUACCCUUGAGCAAGGUACUUUACUUAGAUUGCUCCAGUAAAAACCCAACUGUAUAAAUGGGGAAUUGUAUGUAAAAAAUAAUGUGAUAUCUUGUAACAAUUGUAAGUCGCCCUGGAUAAGGGCGUCUGCUAAGAAAUAAAUAAUAAUAAUAAUA